GGAUUGGGAUUUUCCCCUCCCAUGUGCUCAGACUGGCGCUAAAAGUUUUGAGCUCCUCAAAAGUCCAGAGCCACCAUCCUGGGCGCCGGUAGCUGCAGGGCUCCGGUGGCACCUGGCGUCCGAGCUUGGAACGUGCUUCCCAGAACGGUGACACGCUCCCCUGAGGAUUGGCAGCCAGAUUGCGUUCCUGGUCACUGCCAUGGAGGAGCCGCAGUCAGAUCUCAGCAUCGAGCCCCCUCUGAGUCAGGAGACGUUUUCAGACUUAUGGAAACUACUUCCUGAAAACAACCUUCUGUCCUCCUCGCUGUCCCCGCCAGUGGACGAUCUGAUGCUGAACCCAGAAGACUUUGUGGGCUUGUUCACCGAAGGCCCAGAUGAAGCUCUCAGAAUGUCAGAGGCUCCUGAACCAGCGGCCCCCGCGCCAGCUGCCCCUACACUAGCAGCCCCCGCGCCAGCCUGGCCCCUGUCAUCCUCUGUCCCUUCCCAGAAAACCUACCAUGGCAACUACGGUUUCCGUCUGGGCUUCCUGCAUUCUGGGACAGCCAAGUCUGUCACCUGCACGUACUCCCCUGCCCUCAACAAGAUGUUUUGCCAGCUGGCAAAGACCUGCCCCGUGCAGCUGUGGGUGGACUCCACACCCCCACCAGGCAGCCGCAUCCGCGCCAUGGCCAUCUACAAGCAGUCACAACACAUGACGGAGGUUGUGAGGCGCUGCCCCCACCAUGAGCGCUGCUCGGAUAGCGAUGGUCUGGCUCCUCCUCAGCAUCUUAUCCGGGUGGAAGGAAAUCUGCGAGUGGAGUAUUUGGAUGACAGAAACACUUUCCGACACAGUGUGGUGGUGCCCUAUGAGCCGCCUGAGGUUGGCUCUGACUGUACCACCAUCCACUACAACUACAUGUGUAACAGUUCCUGCAUGGGCGGCAUGAACCGGCGGCCCAUCCUCACCAUCAUCACACUGGAAGACUCCAAUGGGAACCUGCUGGGACGGAAUAGCUUUGAGGUACGUGUUUGUGCCUGUCCUGGGAGAGACCGGCGCACAGAGGAAGAAAAUUUCCGCAAGAAAGGGGAGCCUUGCCCUGGGAGCGCUAAGCGAGCACUGCCCACCAGCACCUGCUCUUCUCCCCAGCCAAAGAAGAAACCACUGGAUGGAGAAUUUUUCACCCUUCAGAUCCGUGGGCGUGAACGUUUUGAGAUGUUCCGAAUGCUGAAUGAGGCCUUGGAAUUCAAGGAUGCCCAGACUGGAAAGGAGCCAGGGGGGAGCAGGGCUCACUCCAGCCACCUGAAGUCCAAGAAGGGGCAAUCUACCUCCCGCCAUAAAAAAUUGAUGUUCAAGAGAGAAGGGCCUGACUCGGAUUGACGCCCUCUGCUUCUUGUCCCCCGUUGGCAGCCCUCUACCCGUACCCAACUUCCCUUCUGCAUUUUGGGACUCAGGAACCCCCUGCUUGCUGUGGGUGUGCCUCAGAAACACCCAGGAAUUCUUCUGUCAGCCUUGGCCCGGGGCUCUACUGAAGAAGUAGGCCUGCACUGGUAUUUUGGGGGCAGAGUGGUAGGAACUAGGACAUACUGGCUUAGCUUUUAAGGUUUUUACUGUGAGGAAUGUUUGGGAGAGGUAAGAAAAUGUUCUUCCAUGUAAGGGUUAGAUUUUACAAUCAGCCACGCACUGGGUGGGAAGCCCAGUUCUCCUCUACUAAGCAGGGAGCCGUUUCUGGUUGUUUAAUUUCCCCCGGCCUCAGUGGCCACAUCUGUGAAAUGCGGAUAAUCGCACCUACCUCACGGAGUCUGUUGUGAGGGUUAGUGAAAGGAUGUAUGUCUGAUCUCAAAGCCACCUUUUAUUACAUGGAGUCCAGAAUUUGGCCCUCUCCUGGGGUGCCUGUUCCCUGUUCCCAUUGGUGGGUAUAUUGGAAGUUUCCAAGUCUCUACUGAGAUUUUAAACUCAGCCAUGUCCUGUCCAACCUCUUGGUGAACCUUGGCACCUAAAAGGAAGUCUCGCCCCAUCCCACACCCCGGAGGAUUCCAUCUCUUGUGUAGGAUCUGGAUCCACCAAGACCUGUUUUACUUCUUCCCCCAAAUACUCAGGGUCAGUUUCUUUUACACUCUGCAAGGCACAUCUGCAUUUGUUACCCCCACCCCUUCUCUUCCCUUUUUA